AUGGACAAUAACAUGAAGGAGCUCUGCGGAAGGGGCAUUUAUAUUAUGACAAAAAUUGAGACAACAGAGGAGAAAUUGACAGACUAUACACGAAUCGCCGUAUCGGCGUCAGACCAUCAUUCACACGCGGUAACCAAUAACAACUCCAAAGAGGACAUUUAA